AUGGACGAUGAUAUGGAAUAUUCAGAUAAUGAGUGUGAUGAGGUAGGAAUUGAUGAGCAGAUUGGAGGUGAUGAAAAUGUUGAAGAACCUAUGGUUGGAAUGAAAUUUUCAUCUAUAGAAGAAGUGUAUGCUUACUAUAUGAAGUAUGGUAAGAAGAAGGGGUUUGGGAUAUCCAAAAGGAAUUCUAGACAAGAUGACGAUGGGAAUGUAAGAUGGAUUAAUACUGUAUUCAAUGAUGAAGGUGGAUAUACUGUAUCCAAAGUGAUUUUGGAUCACACACACACUUGUAGUCCAGGAAAGGCAAGACAUUUCAGAUGCUUUAAGAAGGUCGAUGCUCGUGUUGCUAAAAGGGUCAAAAUAAAUGAUGAGGUAGGAAUAAGGUUAUCAAAAAAUUUCAAGUCUGUGGUUGUUGAGGCAGGGGGUUACGAGAAUGUACCAUUAGGGGAGAAGGAGUGUCGAAACUAUAUUGACAAAGCACGACGACUUUGCCUCGGGGUUGGAGGUGGUGUAGCUCUAUGUAACUAUUUUGAAGAUAUGCAAAAAAGAAUUCAGGAAUUUUAUUAUAGGAUAGACGUUGAUAGUGAGAUGUGGUUAAAAAAUAUUUUUUGGGCAGACCCUCGGAGUAGAGCUGCAUAUGAAUCAUUCGGGGAUGGAUUUACAUUUGAUACGACAUAUCUAACUAAUGCAUAUAAAAUGCCUUUUGCACCGUUUGUGGGUGUGAACCAUCAUGGGCAGUCCAUCCUACUCGGGUGCGGAUUGAUAUCUAGUGAAGAUGUAUAUACAUUUGAGUGGUUGUUUAAGUCAUGGUUGCAGUGUAUGAAUAAUCGACUGCUAAAUGCAAUCAUCACAGACCAAGACAAGGCUAUGAAAAUUGCAAUUUCGAGGGUGUUUCCAACUUCAAAACAUCGCUUCUGCUUGUGGCAUAUAAUGAAAAAGCUUUCUGAGAAGUUUGGAUCACAUUGUUGA